AUCUUAUCCAACAUCAUCUUAUUUGUAGCUGUAAAUUUGGCCGGUGUUUUCACCCAUUACCCCACCGAGGUGGCACAACGUCAAACUUUUUUAGAGACAAGACGCUGCAUAAAAGCCAGGCUGACAACAUCUCGAGAAAAUCAACAACAGGAACGUUUGCUUCUAUCUGUCUUACCACGCCAUGUUGCCAUGGAGAUGAAAGCGGACAUUGCAAUAGAUAAGGAGUGUGUUCAGUUUCACAAGAUUUAUAUUCAGUGUCAUAGUGAUGUCAGUAUUCUAUUUGCCGAUAUUGAAGGCUUUACCAAAUUGUCAUCGCAAUGCACUGCUCAGGAACUUGUCAAGAUUCUGAAUGAGUUAUUUGCAAGGUUUGACUGCUUAGCACAAUCGUGUCCACAUCACAAACAAAACCAAAGAAUACCUAAAUGGAGAUUAUGAGGUAGAACCAGGUCACGGGAUGGAGCGGAACAGCUACCUGCGAGACCACAACAUCAACACGUGGCUAAUCAAACCCAAACAUCCAAGAGUGUCAUUAAACAGUGUAAAUUCUGGAAAGCAGAAGCCGGGACCCGAUCCAGCAUCGUCGCAGCUUGGUGCAUGGAAUUCAGACAGGCCUUUCAUAUUCCUACCGCCAUCAAGCAAGGAAACACGAUUGCUGGGCCAUGGAGAGGAUAGAGAAAAAAACAUACAUCAAAAACUCGGACUUGAAGAGCAACAGACAAAGAGCAACCCUGAAGAUGAAGCAGAUGAGUUUUUAGGACGCGCUAUUGAUGCAAGAAGCAUUGACAGGUUGCGUUCUGACCAUGUCAAAAGAUUCACAUUAACAUUCCGCAAACCUGAAUUAGAAGUGAAGUAUUCUAAAGAGAUUGACAGUAUGUACAGUGCUUAUAUAGGAUGUACUUACCUCAUCCUCCUGCUUAUUUGCUUCAGUCAGAUUCCAAUCUUUCCGUAUACUGGGUUGAUGCUUGGUGUGUUCCUGGCUGUUUUGUUACUAGCACCUGUUUUUAUGGUGUUGAUCACAUCAUCAGAAUUCAUGUCAAAGCCCAAGAAAUGUGUUCUGGUUUCAAGACUAAUCCUGCAAAGUCGCUUUACCAGUAGUUUGGUGGCACUGGUCAUUCUUACUGUGGUCUACUUGACAAGCUUCACAUCAAUAUUUGGUUUUGAUACUACGUCUCUCAGUGAGUGCCUUGCAGACAUGAUUGGUAUUGAACCAUCAAAGGUUAAUAUCUCUCAUGUUGUAAGUUCGGGAGUCGAGCUUGGUGAUCAGACCAGUGCAGUUUGCAACCCAUCCAAGAAGGCUUGUCACUUUCCUCAGUAUUUCACAUUCUGUGUUGUCUUAGUGAUGGUGUGCUGUUCUGUAUUUCAACAACUUAGCAACAUAGUAAAGCUGCUAUGGUUACUUUGCAUCUCUGGUAUAUAUGUAGUUAUUGUACAGACCUGGGCAUCAAACAUAUUCGAAAACCAUGAUUUGAUUCUGAAGGCUGAACGGGGAUCUGAAGACACUUCAGAGUUGGAUUCCAAAAUCAUGACGCCUGUGAUAUUAAUCGUGUUCGUCAUUGGCUUGGUUGUCCAUGCUAGGCAGGUCGAGUCCACAUCCAAACUGGAUUUCCUGUGGAAACUUGAGGCAACAGAAGAAAAGGAAGAAACAGAAAAAUUGCAAGCUUAUAAUAAACGUCUCUUACAUAAUAUCUUGCCAUCCUUUGUCGCGGAACAUUUCUUGAAGAAUGAUGCUAACGACAUGGACCUGUAUUAUCGAGAUUGCGAACAUGUUAGCGUCAUGUUUGCCUCCAUCGUAAACUUCUCAGAUUUCUAUGUUGAACUUGAAGCUAAUAACGAGGGCGUUGAAUGCUUGCGACUACUUAAUGAGAUUAUUGCUGAUUUUGAUGAGAUCAGUGGAGAGGAGAGCUUUUGGCGUGUGGAGAAAAUCAAAACGAUAGGCAGUAUAUACAUGGCAGCGUCUGGUCUGACAAAAGAAACGGUUGACAUGAAAGGUCAUGCUCAUGUUGUUGACCUUGCUGAUUUUGCAUUUCGUGUCAUGAGCCAACUCAAGUUUGUCAACGAACACUCCUUUAAUAACUUCAAGAUGAGAAUAGGUCUGAAUGUGGGUCCAGUUGUUGCUGGUGUUAUUGGAGCCCGCAAGCCGCAGUAUGAUAUCUGGGGAAACACAGUAAAUGUAUCCAGCCGUAUGGAAAGCACAAACAUCACACAAAAGAUACAAGUUACGCAAGAUAUGAAGGACAUUCUAAGCACUAAAGGUUACAAGCUUGAAUGUAGGGGAAAGGUGAAAGUCAAAGGUAAAGGCGAGAUGACAACAUACUUCUUAGAGGAGCCACCACCUGAUAAGAUGGAUUUAUUAACCAAGUACAACCCAUAGUAUCCACAGUCUAGGUGUUACUAUAUAAAUGCAAUAUCAUUAGAAGUUUAUAAAAAUACAGAUAUAUAAUGUACAGUAAUAGCAUUUAUUAAAAUGUAAAGUAUGUUAUAUAGACAAAAUAGUUAAUUCAACAAUUAAGUUUAGUUAUUGUUAUUGAAAUCAGUCAGUAAUUUAACUGCCAAAAAUCUGGAUAUUGGCAGAAAAAGGUAAAAUUUUAAAAGAGCCAGUAAUCAUAUUUGUUCAUCAGAUAUAAACCUCACUUUAAAAGUAAUAAUUAUAAUAAGUGUAAUUUAUUAAAUUACCUGACUGAUAGUCAGCCAUCCUGUCAAUCAAUCAGUUAAUCAGUUGACAAAUCAAUCAAUCAGCUGACAAUCAAUCAGUCA